AUGGAUUCUACCCCGUAUCUGGACCGCUAUCACCAGAUAGGUGCUGUGGACCAGCAGAAGAACCAGCUCAUUGAGGACCUCCUACAACGAGUAACCGACCUUGAGAAUUCCUUUCAGCGCGAGAAAUUGGACCAUGAACGCGAAACUCGCUUCAACCGGGAUAUUCAGUUGCAUGAGAUGGAACUCAUGCAGCAGAUAUCUCAGAUCAAGACUAUUAUGGACCGAGAACCGUUUGUCGUCGUGCUCUUGGACGGAGAAGGAAUAAUUUUCAAGGAUGAAUUCUUGCAAUUAGGCGAAGAAGGUGGCCGCUCGGCCGCGAAACAUUUUUGCACAGGCAUGCACACAUAUCUGGUGAACAAUCUCUCCAGUAUUACGACGCCCAAGAUAAUUGUCAAGCUUUAUCUCAAUGUGAAGGGAUUUGUGGAGACGUGUGUGCGGAGUGGCACCAUCUCCGAUCCUGCCACGGUUCAUGAUUUUAUUCGUGGAUUCAAUGAAACAAUGUCAUAUUCGGAGAUUGUCGAUAUUGGAUCAGCCAAGAACAAGGCCAAUGAAAAGAUUCAAGGAUGCGCCUCGAAUCCCGAAUACGCUACUUUCCUACAAGAUACAUUGAGUGACGGAGAUCUGACUGGCCGUGUUUCGCUCGUGGAGGGUAUUACAUUUGACAAGGAACUGGAUGCGGUGAAUGGAUCAUUUAGGAUCGCCAAAUUCCCAGAAAUCUUUCGUUCAUCCAAAAUAGCACCCAUUUAUGUUGCGCCUUGGAAGACUAGCUUGCCUUCGAGGAGCUUGCUUACCCCAUCUCCAUCCCAGCAACUGUCGAAUCCUCCACCCCUGUCCCGCACUUCCACCAAUACAAGUGCCUCCGGUCUGGGUGCUCCUCUCUCCAUUUCAACGCCACCGGUUGUUAAGUCAAAUGAAUCGCCAGACUUCCAAGUGGUUCGCUCCAAAACCUCUGGAUCGACACCGGUUAGAUCAGUUGAGCGAAAUAAAUACGGUCAGCGUGUGGAUCGUCUUGAUUUCAAGAGCAUCCCUCGGGAUGACUUGAACAGAUUGAAGAAGCUCAAGUUGUGCAAUUAUUAUUUCCUUCUCGGGGAAUGCCCUAACGAGGAGAACUGCUAUCAUGAUCAUGAUCGCAAACUUACCAAACAAGAGCUUCAUAUCUUGUCUGCUAUUGCACGCAUGACUCCUUGCCGCUUCGGACUGGAGUGUGAUGAUCCCGAAUGCAUUUAUGGUCACCGUUGCCCACAGAGUGAACCAGGCAAAAAGACCUGCUUCCGAGGCGAUACCUGUCGCUUUGAGCCUGUGGCCCACGGAAUAGACACCAAUAUCGUCAAAGUGACUAAAAUCUAA